ACGCGCCCCGGCGCGGCGCGUCGCGCAACGGCCCCCGUAACCGCCUUCUUCCUCCUCUGAACUGAAACCGAAGACCACGUCAACUCCGGACAGAGAGAGAGAGAGAGAGAGAGAGAGAGAGAGAGAGAUCUUCACUCCCAUCGCAGCGAAGAGCGAAGCGCAUCUCUCUCUUCUCUCUGUCUGUCUCUCUCUCAGUGGCUUCGCCGGGAACCGAUUUCUGCAGAUAGUGGCGGCUCGGAUCGAGCUGUCGACCAUGGACAACGACCCUCUCCUGCAAUACGCUAGCCCGGGAAUCCGGCCGCCGCCGCUGUUCUCCCUCCCCGAAGACGACGAGAUCGCCCUUCCUCCCCCUCUCACUCCGUCGGAGCUCAAGGACCGCCUCAUCUUCGGCCCCUCCCCGCCCCACCGCGACGCGUCCCCGAUUGCCGAGGCCGCCGCCCUCUCCCUCCACCCCGCGAGGCCCUCCUCCUCUUCCUCCUCCUUCCUGGAGGCCCCGCCGGGCCCGGCGGUUCCGCCGCCGGAGCAGCCGCAGCAGCAAUCCUGGUUGAUCGACCCUAAUUUCUUCUGGAGCAAGAGCAAUCUGCACCGCUCCAAGACCGCCCCCGCCAUGGCCGUGAUCAACGACCUCAACAGGCAGAGCGCGCUGGGGAAGCCACAGUUCGCUUCACCGUCGAUUAUACGCCAGGCCGUCUUGCUUCUGGUAAUGUACUUGUCGCUCGGCGUGAUAAUUUAUUGGGUCAACAGGGAUAGUUUCUCUGCAACGGAGACUCACCCGGUUGUGGACGCGUUAUAUUUUUGUAUCGUCACGAUGUGCACGAUUGGUUAUGGCGAUAUUACACCGAAUAGUGUUGCUACGAAGCUUUUCUCUAUAAUGUUUGUGCUGGUGGGAUUUGGUUUUGUGGAUAUUUUGCUCACUGGGAUGGUCAGUUACGUGCUCGAUUUGCAAGAGAACUACAUGUUGAGGUCAGUGAAGAGUGACGGAGAGAAGAAGGAUUUAGCGGGGACAUAUAUUUUCGAUUUGAAGAAGGGGAGGAUGAGGAUAAGAAUGAAGGUGGCAUUGGCACUGGGUGUGGUUGUUAUCUGUAUUGGGAUUGGUGCUGGGGUCAUGCAUUUUGUUGAGAACCUUGAUUGGUUGGAUUCAUUUUACCUUUCUGUGAUGUCAGUUACUACUGUCGGCUACGGUGAUCAGGCGUUUAAUUCGUUGCCUGGUCGUAUUUUUGCUUCAAUUUGGUUGCUUGUAUCCACUCUUGCUGUUGCUCGAGCAUUUCUGUUUCUGGCUGAAGCAAGAGUAGACAAGCAUCAGAGAAGGGUAGCCAAGUGGGUGCUAGGUCAGGACAUGACCAUUGCCGAGUUUCUUGCGGCUGAUAUUGACAACAAUGGAUUUGUAAGUAAAUCCGAGUAUGUCAUCUACAAGUUAAAAGAGAUGAAAAAAGUAUCAGAGAAAGACAUAAUGCAGAUCUGCAAUAAGUUUGAUCGGUUAGACUCGGGCAAUUGUGGGAAGAUUACUCUUGCUGAUCUCAUGGAAAGUCGUCACUAAUCGAGAUAAGCUCUUCGCUUUGCAUAAUGCACCUAGAGGAGGAGAGAAAAUUGCAAGAUAAUGCUCAUCUUAAGGAAAGUAAACAAUUUCUGUGCUGGUGAUAUUCAGAUACAGAAAUGAUGCUUUUGGAGAUUGCCUGCCUGAUUGGUCAGUCCAUCUACAUCGUGUCCUCCUCAUUGAACUGCUUCCCCAUAUGCUUGUCCAUGUGCAUUGCAUAUGUAUAUUUUGUUGGGCUCUAUCUGUCAAUUGCACUGCCGGGUUGAUGACUACAAGUAUUUUCACAAGGCAUGGAUUUCUCCUCGUUCUGCCUUCUUUGAAACGGGCCUGAGGUAGAGGAUGCAUAGAGAAAGACAAUACAAUUUCAAGUAGGAAUGAUUCUGUACAUAUUCCUUUCCUUCAUUAGAGACUAGGUUGAAUUAUUCUUUGCCAAAGGCCAGAAAGUUAAAGGGCUUUUGCCAAUUAUGUAUAGAGAAUUGUGUAUCUUCGGCUACACAACUGCCGAACCUUUUAUUUGCUCUAUGAAGUGUAUGUAUUUGAAGUAAAAAUAAAGUUUUAUAGGACUCUCUCUCUC